AUGUCGGCGACAAUAACGAAUGUUCACGGGACGAAGUGGAUGGAGGAGCUCAAGAUCAUGUGUGACUCAGCAGAAGCCAAGUUAGCCAUGAACGGCAAGGAACUACAACGACCAGAGAUCAAUCGUGGACCAGACCAUGAGGCGCCUAAGAAGCUACAUGAGGGAGACCUCUACCUCUGUGCGGAGUCACUUGAGGCACUUGAGGGUGCACUAGGGGCUGUAUGUGAGGCAGUCGAUUCUGUGUUUGUGAACAAUGGGCCGAAGCGGGCUUUCGUCGCUAUCCGACCGCCAGGACAUCACUGUUCGGCAUCGUAUCCUUCAGGUUUCUGCUGGCUCAACAAUGUUCACGUGGGCAUCAUGCAUGGCAUUUUGAGCCACGGCCUAACUCAUGCGGCUAUCAUCGACUUCGAUUUGCACCACGGCGACGGUUCGCAAUCUAUCGCUUGGCAACAUAAUUCGCGGGGCGUUGGGCUCUCGAAAAACGCAGCAUGGUGGAAGAAGACGUCUAUUGGAUAUUUUAGUCUGCAUGAUAUCAACUCCUACCCCUGCGAGAUGGGUGACGAGGAAAAGGUCAAGAACGCCAGUCUCUGCAUCGACAAUGCUCAUGGUCAAAACAUAUGGAAUGUCCAUCUUGAGUCGUGGAAGUCAGAGGCUGAGUUCUGGAAACUUUACGAAAACAAAUACUCCGUCUUGCUGGAGAAGACGCGCAAGUUCCUCAAAGAGCAGACGGAGCGCCUUCGAGCUGCGAACCAGAACGCCAAAGCCGCCAUUUUCUUCUCAGCAGGCUUCGAUGCUAGCGAAUGGGAAAGCUCAGGCAUGCAGCGACAUAAGGUGAACGUCCCCACCGAGUUCUAUGCUCGCAUUGCUCGUGAUGUGACGAAGAUAGCUGAGGAGGAAGUGGAUUAG